AUGGUGUUGAGCAAACCAGACAUGACGGGACGCAUGGCGAAGUGGUCCAUCCGCUUGAGCACUUACGACAUCACCUAUGAGCCUCGGACCGCUAUAAAAUCACAAGCACUGGCCGAUUUUGUGGCUGAUUUCAGUCCAAGUCUCAUAACGCAAGCGGAGGUAGAGUAUCAACAGCUGACAACAACACAGGACCAAGGGUCUUGGAUCUUGCACACAGAUGGGGCGUCCAACGUGAACGGCACUGGAUUGGGACUCGUCCUCAAAUCGCCACAGGGGGACACCAUGCCAUAUGUAAUAUGCUGUGACUUCAAAGCAACAAACAACGAGGCUGAGUACGAGGCACUAAUCAUGGGACUGAUCAUCGCAAAAGACUUAAAGGUUAAACACAUCAAUAUCAACUGUGAUUCUCUUCUAAUUUUUAAUCACGUCAAUGGCUCUUACGAAGCUAAAGACACCAAAAUGUCAUUAUACCUUAACACUGUGAAACAACUACAACACUCGUUUGACACGUUCAACAUUCAACAGGUGCCUAGAGAACUCAACACGCAAGCUGACGCCUUGGCAGGACUAGGUGCCGUCAUGAAAGACAACAACAUUCUCAACGUCCCAAUUAUUAACGUCCUGAAACCAGCCAAUGUAAGGACAGAGGACCAGAUGACAGCCCACAUAAUGGACAUAGAAGAAGCAUGCUGUGACAAAGACAAAUGGAUCCAGACAUAUAAGGACUACCUCCAGCUAGGAGACCAACCCACUGAUCGUAAUGAAGCCAGAAUGCUACGCAUGAAGGCCUCAAGGUUCGUCAUGAUCGAUGAAGUCCUAUUCAAGAAGUCAGCAACUGGGCUCCUGCAAAGAUGUCUCACCAGCAGUGAAGCAGAUGUAGUAUUACGAGAUCUUCACGAAGGAGAAUGCGGAAAUCACACAGGGGGAAGGAACUUGUCACUCAAAGUGCUAAGAAUGGGAUACUAUUGGCCAACUGUGAGACAAGACGCCAUAGACUUUGUCAACAAAUGCGAUGCCUGUCAACGACAUGCACCUGUCAUCCACCAGCCGUCAGAGCACCUACACACCUCUAUACCGUCGUGGCCGUUCAUGAAAUGGGGAAUGGACAUUGUCGGGAAACUUCCCACUGCACCAGGCCAGAAGGUGUUCAUGCUCGCCAUGACGGAUUACUUCUCCAAAUGGAUUGAGGCGGAAGCCUACCGACAGGUAACUGCAAAAGAGGUCAUCUCCUUCAUCAAGAAGAACAUAUUGUGCAAGUUUGGGGUACCAUCUGAAAUCAUAUGUGACAAUGGCUCCCAAUUCAUAAGUGACAAGACUGAAGCCUUUUGCAAGAAAUACAACAUCAGCUUAAUAAAGUCGACACCUAGGUAUCCGCAGGCCAAUGGGCAAGCUGAGUCAAGCAACAAAAUCAUCAUCAACAAUUUGAAGAAGAGGCUGACAUCCCACAAAGGACGAUGGGCAGAAGAACUACCCUGGGUUUUAUGGUCUGACAGGACGACACCCAAAGCGUCGACUGGACAGACGCCUUUCAGUUUGGUGUAUGGAACCGAGGCCGUUGUUCGCAAAAAUCUACACGCAAGCGCACGUGAUCACAAGUAA